UAUUAGAAGAAUUAAAUUUCAUCCAACAUCUGACUGAUAGUUCGAAUAAUAUUUUGCCCGAUACAAAUGAUUCAAAUGAUUCAAAUGAAUUAAAAAAACCCAUCCCCGUUAACUGUUAGUAAUAAUAUUCCUUUACAGUUAAGUAAUGAUUUGCCUAUGAAGAUUGAACAUUAUACUAAUGAAACUUUAUGUAAUACCGCCUAUAAUAACAAACUAUCUGAUCAUAUCGAACUUAGCACUAUUUCAAACACCUCAAACCUACAUUUGAAUGUUACGAGUGUUGAUGAUGACUACGAUGCUACCAUAAUAGAACAACCGUUUUCUACCAAAUUAAUUCAAUGGGCUACUGAACAUAAUGUACCUAAUAAUUCUUUUGACGGUUUACUAAAAAAUAUUGAAUACUCAUAAAUGCUUUAACGAUAUCCCAGUUUCUAGUAGAACUUUUUAUAAAACUUAUUCAGGAGUAUCUUAUGAUAAACCUGUUAAAACGAAGAUAGUUUCACCCGGCAUUUACUACCAUUUUGGUGUAGGAUAUAGUAUUAAAAAAGUAUAUUGAUAAACAAUUUUCAAGUGAAACUAUUAAAUUAGUGAUCGGAAUCGAUGGAUUGCCUUUGAUGAAAUCCUCGGGAAGUGCAUUUUGGCCAAUAUUAGGUUACAUUCGACAGAAAAAAUGAAACUGUAUUCCCUAUUGGCAUAUAUUGGGGUUAUAGCAAGCCAGAAGAUAGCAAUAUUUUUUUUGAAUGAUUUUGUGUCUGAGAUUAGAGAACUUGUAAUAAAUGGCAUUGAUGUUGAAUUAUUUAACAAUAAUAACUGUUUAACUGUUUUUUCAUAAAAAAGUAAUAGUUGACACAUUUUGUUGUGAUGCGCCUGCUCGAGCAUUUGUGUUGAAAACUAAAACACAUACUGGCUUUUAUUCUUGUGCUAGAUGUACAGUAAAAGGUCAAUAUUUAUUAAAGCGUGUAUGUUUUCCUGAUUUACGGUGUUCUAUUAGAACACAUGAAGAUUUCAUUAAUACAAUUCAACGUCAAUAUCACAAAGAUGGUGAUGUAACUAAAAUUAUUAGCAUUCCAAAUUUUGAUGUUGUACAAAACUUUUCAUUAGAUUACAUGCAUGUGGUAUGUUUAGGUGUUGUUAAAAAAAUAUUGAUGUUGUGGAAGGGGAGCUUUAGAGUUGAAAGGAGGGAUGUUAAUAAUCAAAAAUUGAAUAAUCGAAUAAUUAAAAAUAUAUCAGAUAGACUUUUAUCAAUUAAAACAUAUAUACCAUGCGAUUUUGUUCGUAAACCUAGAUCCUUAGAUGAAUUGGCACGCUGGAAAGCUACAGAGUACAGAUUAUUUCUUUUAUAUGUAGGAAUUGUUUCUAUUCAUUCAAUUGUGCCCAAAAAAUUAUAUCAACAUUUUUUGUCUUUAAGUAUAGCCAUGACUAUUUAUUUGAGCCCAAACUUCAGAGAUUUAGCUGAAUUUGCUAAAUUGUUAAUGUUUAAGUUUGUCAAAGAUUUUGGUAGUUUGUAUGGAAAUCACUUAAUUUCUCAUAAUGUGCAUGCAUUAAUCCAUUUGUUCGAUGAUUAUAACAAUUUUGGCUCAUUAGAUAGUGUAAGUUGUUUCAAAUUUGAAAACUACAUGGGUCACUUAAAAAAAACUUGUUCGUAAAAGUGAUAAACCUCUUCAACAAGUUGUUAAAAGAUUUGAAGAGCGUUCUAAUCUUAUUGAUAAUCCCACAGUGAACCUGAAUAAUAAAAAAAACUGAAACUUUGUUAAAGAAAUAUGUUAAAGAACAUAAUGAAGGUCCAUUAAUAAGUGGCACUACAUCUCCUCAAUUUAAAAUUUUAAUUUUAGAUAAAAUUAAAAUUAAAAUUCAUGUCAAUGCUGACUCAUAUGUUGGCUUAUAUAUUAAUUCAUCUUUUGCCUUAGUGAAAGUGAUCAAUAUUUGCUAUUGUCAAUGUUUAAAAAAAAAUAUAAUAUUAGGUAGACAGUUCAAUAGGCUUGAAAGAUUGUUUGAGAAACCCAUUAAAAGUGAUAAACUGGGUAUUUAUAAGGUAAGCAACUUUUCUAAAACAAUUUGCAAGUAUAACAUUGAAGAUAUAUUUACAAAGUAUGUUAUUUUAAUUACACAUGAUUUAGAUUUUGA